ACAAGUGAACAGGCAAUCCUACCAUGCCCCAUUCGCUUGCAGAUGACGGUAGCCGCUGGAUAGAAACAACUACUGUCGCUGCAAAUGCAUCUGUCAGAAAGAGAAAGACGCGCAAUAACUUCUUCAACAAUAGAGUGAUAGCUUACAUAUUUUGAAAGUUACAACAUUUUAACUGCGUUUACCCGUUUACCAAGUCCGUCGUUCAUAGUGCGUUGAUAAUAUAAGUUUUUCUUUCUCCUGAAAAACCGCGAACGCAUGUGAGAGCAUAACAGUUUGCCAUUUUUAGAUUCAAACCCUACACUUUUUCCGACUUCGUCCAUCAGUCUUUAUAGAGCCUUCAACUUUUGAGGAAUCGAAAGUAGAAGCCUGAGUGGAAAAGCUUGUGUGGAGAUUGAUGUUUUACUGAAAUGGACGUGAGAGUAUAUCCACCUCCACCACAGUCUUUAUCAGCAACAGAUUCUUCCCGAUUGGGACCCUUGCAGUAUACCGAUUCCCCGUACUGCAAUAAGUACGACAGUGAGGCCAUGUUCCUGGGCAUGCCAGAGGCUGGCCUGGACUUUGUGCCAACCAACCAGUUCCGUGUGCCUCCCAACCCCCACCAGACGCAUCUCAGCGCCAAACAGACUGGACCCCUGUGGAAACGAGAUGGCCCUGCUCACUCCGAUGGAUCCCGGCUACCCUGGUCCUACCCAGUGCCCAGUUUGGGGGAUGAAGACUUCAACAUUCCCCCCAUCACACCUCCCACCAUCCCAGAACACAUGCUGCACCCCCACCUACCAGAGUCGGAGUCUGGCUCCUACCACCCACUGGCUCCCGUUCACUCCCAGAGUGGCCUACACCCCUUCCACCUUCAGGGAAUGGACAUGAUGGGCCAGGAUGGAGGGCUCUUGAGCCAAAAUGGCAGCCUGAUGUCCAGCACCCUGUCUGUGAUGCAACAAAUGGUCAACUCCGAUUCCCGGUACAGCAGCCAUCAGCCAAUGGAAGCACUCAGAUCCAGGAGCCAAUCAGGCAUGGGACAUCAGAGUCAACUUACCACCAUCAACCAAUCACAACUCAACACCCAGUUGGGAAUGAGCGGAAACAACGUUACCCAUAAUUCCCCAUCUCCCCCUGGGAGCAAGUCGGCCACACCCUCUCCUUCUAGCUCUGUUCAUGAGGAUGACAAUGAAGAGUCAAUAAAGCAGGCAGAGAAGCGACCGGCAGCGGUCGAGACGCCCAAAAAGCCCAAGACCCCCAAGAAGAAGAAGAAGAAGGACCCCAACGAACCCUCGAAGCCAGUCUCUGCCUACGCUCUGUUCUUCAGAGACACCCAGGCAGCCAUCAAGGGAUCCAACCCCAAUGCUACUUUUGGAGAGGUAUCCAAGAUAGUGGCCUCCAUGUGGGACGGCCUUGGAGAGGAACAGAAACAGGUGUACAAAAAGAAGACAGAGACGGCCAAGAAGGAGUACCUGAAACAGCUGGCUGCGUACAGGGCGAGCCUGCUCUCACAGAGUUACAUUGAUCCAGGUGAAGUCAAGGUGUCCCAGGCCACCUCUAUGCUGGGGCCCAAGCCCCCCGUGUUCCCCGGAUCAGGCCAGCAGCACCCCCACCCCCAUCACUCCCACCCCAGCCUCUACAUGAGCCACCCCUACCACCACCAGAGCCACCACCCCCACCCCCACCACCAGCAACAGCAGUCCCAGCAGCACCAGGCCGGCCUCAGCCCCCACCUGUCCCCCUCCAGGGUCUCUCCAGGGGGUGGCCCCCGGGCCAGUGGACCCCAUCCAGGAGGAGUGUCUCUGGGCAGCAUGGCGGCGGCGACAACCCCUCCCCUCCAGAUCAGCCCGCCCCUCCACUCCCACUCUCACCUAGGAAUGCACCACCAGCAACAGCUCAGCGGACACCCGCUGUCUCUGCACUCGCCCUCCAUGGCCCAGGGAUUCCCUCUCCAGUCAGAAUUCCAGAACAUGCUCAACUCGUCCGGUGGGCAGGGACUGUCCCCAUCCAUGGACUACAGACAGGUGUGUCGGAAUGGGCCCAGCCAGCACGUCGACUGGACCAGCGAAUACUGUGGCAACGGAGCUCUUCAGAGAGACAAGCCUCUGUUCCUGACCUGAUCUGACCUCUAACCUCCACAAAACCAGCCCCGGAACAGACUGCAACCCGACCCGGUCCACAUUCGGUCCCACUCUGCGUUCACUGGACCAAGGCAUUGCCCUCAACCCCAGAAGAAACUCCUUGACCACCACCCCCCACUCUGGCUAAACCAUCUGACCGUCACUCAAACAAGAAAGGCAGAAGCACAUUUUCCAAAACAUCCAUAUUUUGAUAUGUUUGGAUUCUUUGUGAUCUACUUUGAAAAUAAUCAUACUGAUGUCAUGAGUGGGUUUUGGAUUCUUUGUGACCCACACUCUACCCUCACCUGAUAUUAGAUACAAAUGUCAAGUUAAUGUUUUUGGACUUUGCAAUGUAUGCCCAUAAAGGCAGAAAUAAAUGUGUUCAGAGAUGUGAAAGAAUAGGCAGUACUGUCCUCUCUACUGACGUGUCAUUGGAUCGUUACUGGUAUGUCACUGGGUUGUGUUUUGAGGAAGACAAGCUGAUGACGUAGAAGCGUUAUGGUAGACCAGUGUUCAAAUCCCAGAAGUUCAUUUAGCACUUAGGGGCUCUUAGGUCUUUUUUUCCACACAUCGCAAGAUGUAAACCAAAACCCCAAAUUGACUUUUAUUUUGAAAGGAAAAACAAGAUCAUCUUUAUCAUUUGAAAAAAUAAAUAAAGAACCUAUUAUAUUUCUAUACCUCUUUAUCUCUCGCUCUCUCUCUCUCUGCUACUGGACUGCCUUAGAGACUGUUGUGUGUCUUUGAGCAGUGUUGUGUUGCUCUUUCUAAACUGAUGCUGAUCAUGUUCAUAGGAUCCUCUGUGGACUAUGCCGAGGCUGAUUAGUAUAGACAUCACCUCAAGCUGUACAUAGAAUUUUGUGUUACUCUUGCUCCUAGGGUAUAACAACAAAAGCUUUUUUCAAGUGCAGUGUGAUUGUGAAUUGGAUCACACUGGUUUUAAUUUAACUAUCAAAGAAGGGAAAUUGAUUAAACGGCUGUUAUAGUUGUUUGGAUUUUAUUGGGGCGUAAACAUUUUCAAUAUCAUGAUAUUUGUAAGAUAAAACUUGCUAAAUCAGUAGUUUCCAUUCUCUGAAAUAAAGUCGUAAACUUUGGCUGCCCUUUACCUGGAAAACAUCACAAAAUAUGAGUUUUGUGAAAUUAGACAAAUAAAAAGUUAUAUUUGGUACAAGGAAAACAUCUUUUUUGGUACGACUUCUGGGCAUAUUGAUUAUAUGGAUUCUCAUCCCACUCCUGUGUCUGAGGUUGUUUCUCUUUAUCAGUAGAAAGCGUCAGAAUGCGAGUGGUAGAGACAGAUUGGUAGAGUGGCAAUAUAUAUAACCCUGACAUCUGGCUCGUCGUCACUCUUCCGAUCACUCCCAUCUCUCUUUCUCCAAGUCUGUUCAUCAUGCUGCGCCUAUUUAUGAAACAAUAACUGUAGGUGUUUUUUAAAAGUCCUUAUGUUUAAUAGCGUUGAUGAUGGCGGUCUUCUCUGUUCCAUCUGGGUUCCUUUCUCUUUGGCAGAAAAACGUCUCCAGGCAACAACAAUGUGAAAAAUUGUGUUCUUAUUUUUAGUUUCUAAUGUGUUUGAAAAAAAUAAAGUCAAACCUGCAUUUUUGUGCAGUAAUCACUCAC